CCAUGAAGGAGGUAUACCCACUCUGACCUUGUCUGAAGCUCUGCUACCGCAAAGCAUCCAAGGUCUCGCCGGAGUCUCCCAGACUUCACAAGAAGCAUAGCAAUAAUUUUUUGAAGAGCCAGAGCAGCUACGGAAGUAGCUACUCACAAACAUCAGCCAAGAUGUCGAACAAACAGGGCAAGAUGGCCGGUUACAUCAACUACCGCAUGAGGGUUACGUUGAACGAUGGCCGCCAGAUGACGGGACAGAUGCUUGCUUUUGACAAGCACAUGAACCUCGUCCUUGCCGACACCGAAGAGUUCCGACGCGUCAAGAUCAGACAGAACAAGCCUGCCGCGCCUGGAGCUAGCUCCGCCUCGGGCCAAACGAUCGAGAAGGAGGAGAAGCGAACCCUCGGCUUGACGAUCGUCCGUGGCGCGCACAUUGUCUCUCUGUCAGUCGAGUCAGAGCCUCCGGCGGACCCCAGUGCGAGACUCGGAAAGAGUGCGCCGGGCGGAAUCUCGUCGACGCUCACCGCCGGUCCUGGCGUUGCGCGGCCUGCUGGUCGCGGUGCUGCUCCCGCCCCCCCGUCUCUGGCCGGUCCUGCUGCCGGUGUUGGAGGCGCCGUCCCUCCCGGAUUCCCUGGCGGCUUCCCCGGUGCCCCGCCUUUCGGCGGACGUGGAGCUCCUCCUCCAGGCUUCCCCGGCGGGCUGCCGCCCCCGGGCUUCCCGCAGAACGCCCCCUUCCUUCCUCCAGGCUUCAACCCCGGCCCUCCUGGUGGACCGCCUGGCUUCAACCCUCCCCCCGCAGAUAGGCUAAGGACGGAAAUGUCGAUACCUCGCAUGCUUUAUAGUCGGAGGUUGGUUCACGGAUACCAUUGGCGUUUAGGGAUGAAUGUCAAGAUUACGAAAAUUCGGGCAGAACAGGCAUAUUCGCGAAAAUAUAAUGGCAGCAUGAGUUUAUUCCAUAGUUCACAACAACACCAUUACCAACAGCCGAGUUGAUGAUUGUAACCCACGUGAGGAUGUCGUUCGAUUGGCUAAAGGGAGAGGAAGUGGAACCAAGGUUGAUACGGGAUUUGCUACGUAAGCCCACAAGGGCUACAUAAAACAACGAUACUCCAUAUGCAGAUAGAGAUAGAACGAAUCAACUACAUACACGCCA